AUGUCGACUGCUAUGAACUUUGGGACAAAAAAUUUCAAACCUCGACCUCCAGACAAGGGAUCUUUUCCUCUGGAUCACUUUGGUGAAUGUAAACCUUUUAAACUGACGUUCAUGAAGUGCUUACGGGAGAACUCAUUUCAGAGUAAUCUGUGCAGAGAAGAAUCAAAGGAAUAUUUGGAGUGUAGAAUGGAAAGGUUUGUGCAAACCAAGUUGGAAUGA